AUGGAGCUCGAUGUGCAUGUCUUGAAUGGAAUGUGGAAUGACAGGGACAACGAUGAUGAUGAUGAUGAUGAUGGCCGAUGGAGAUUGUUUGACCUCGACCUUGACCUCGACCUCGACCUCGACUGCGACCCUGUCCUUGUCCUUAUCCGCGUGCUCGCCUCGUCAAACGGCCUUUCUCCCUCCGCGGCUCACCACCAGUGA